AAACAAUCAAAUUUUUUCUAUGAAUUUCUACCCAAUAGAUUUUGAAGAAUAAGAUUAAUAAGGUAUACAAUUUUAUAAUAUUUAUAGUUGAAGAACCAUAAAUUGAUUCAUCAGAAUAAUAAAUAUAUUUCGAUUAUGAUCAAAGUUUGUAAUAUGGAGCAGAAUAACUUAAUACUUUUGAUGGAUAUUUAUAAGAGGAGCCUGUCCUUUUAUUUAAUUUUGCUGAAGAAGCUCCAAAAAAAAAAUCCAAGCCUAUUAUCAGAAAAUCAAAAAAAGUAAAAAAGGCUGAUUCAGAAACUGAUGUAUCAUUAGGCAAAAGAUCAAAACAACGUAUCACAAAUAGUGAUUUUUUGAAACUUUAACAAUGUUAAAGACUAAAAAGAAUAAUUACUUAGAUGGAAUCUCUUCUAUAAAAUACUAGAACUUAGAUUCUCAACCAAUACAUCAAAAAUCACUCUUAAUGAAGAACUUUUUUGAUUAAUUAUAUCGAGUUAUAUAUUUAUAGAUUGUAUUAAUUAAAUACUCU